AUGGAGGUGACAGCAGCCUUGGUAAGACUUCAGACUGAAUCCAAGUGUCCCAUCUGUCUGGAAGAACUGACAGACCCCAUCACCACUGAAUGUGGACACAACUUCUGUCAGUCUUGCAUUCAACGGUUCUGUGCCAAUCUUCAGAUCAUGUUCCCCUGUCCUGUCUGUCGUCACCGAUGUAAAGAGGGCCACACCAAGAGCAACACCCAGCUGGGAAGGAUGAUCGAAAUGGUCAAGCAACUCCACAUCAACUUAAGCAGCAGCCAGGAGACGCAGAAGGAAAUACCCUUGUGUGAGAAGCACAAUGAGGGCCUGACCCUUUUCUGUGAGGAGGAUCUGGAGCUGCUGUGUCCUCUGUGCAUUCAGCUUCCUGCCCAUCAGCGCCACCAUCCCAGGCUCAUCAAAGAGGCUGCCUCGUAUCACAGGGAAAUGCUGUACAGUUACAUGGAGUCUCUGAACAAGCAAGUGGAAGACACUGAGAGGUUAUUAGUCGCCCAGGACAGAAAAAAAUUACAACUGAGAAAGAAGAUGAAAAUCCAGAGUCAGAAACUAUUCUCUCAGUUUGAUUACAUGAAACGGUUUGUAGAAUGUGAGCAACAGGCAGUUCUGUCAAGAUUAGUGAAAGAAGAGGGCCAAGUAGAGCAGAAGCUUGAAGCCAACAAGAGAGCAUAUGCAAGCCACAUUUCCACCAUGGAAGGUCUUCUAACAGAGAUGGUGGAGAAGAGUGUGAUGCCAGAAGUGAGACUGCUGACACAUAUCAAGAGCGUCUUUCACAAGGUUCAAAGUCUGAAGCCCCCAGCUGUCUUCUCAUUCCAGCUAAAGAAAGAAGGGUGCAGGCUCCCUCCACAGUUUUCAGCUUUGCAGAAAAUUCAACAGAAGUUUAGAAAAGAUGUCACACUGGAUCCUGAAACAGCACAUCCUAAUCUUCUCAUCUCAGAGGAUAAAAAAUGCGUGACAUUCCCGCAGAAAGAGCAAAGCCUUCAUGGGAAACCAAUGCCGUUCAUGGGUUAUCCAGCCGUUCUGGGUUCUGAGAGAUUCAGUUCUGGCCGGCAUUACUGGGAGGUCCAAGUGGAUGACAAGCCUGAAUGGAUGGUGGGGGUUUGUAAGGACUUCCUUUCCAGGGAAGGAGCCUGGCCCCUGUCAGGACUGAACAGAUGCUGGACAGUUCAGCUCCAGCAUGGUGAGUAUGUGGCUCAAGGCACGGUUCCUGUGACUCUUUGCUUAACAGAAAAGCCCAGAAGGAUUGGCAUUUACCUGGACUAUGAAUUGGAUGAGAUUUCCUUUUACAAUUUGAAUGACACAUCUCACAUCCAUACUUUCAUGGAUACCUUUUUUGAAACACUGAAGCCUUAUUUCUGUGUGGGAUGUGAUUCAAAGCCACUAACUAUCUGUUCAGUAACAGACUCUGAAGGAUGA